CACGUUUCUCUCUCUCUCCCUCUCUUCCCGCUAAUACCAUAACCUCCUUCAUCUGCUCAGAAACCCUUUCCUCAAAAAUUCACCGACUCUCCCUCAAUUUCCGACGAUUUCUUCCGCCUACACUUCUCUCAACUCAUCUCUCGCUAAUCCUCUCGUUCCUUAACAAAAUGAAGGGGAAAUUCCUAAAUAUGCAAUUCUCUCGUCCCGCUCCCUUUUCUCCAUAAAUUCCGACGAAGACUACUCAUUUACAAUAGGGUUUCACUUUUCUCUUGAUCGAAAGUUAUUUCCAUAAAGGUAAUCUUCCCACCACCACUAUACAUUUUAUCCCAAGCAUGAGUUUCAAAGAAUCCGAUCAGUUUUGAGUACUCCUAUUUGGAUUAGUCAAACAAUGGAUGGAUGGGAAGAUUAUUACAGAACUGCAGAAGCAAACAGACGUCGAGAUCCUAUUUGGAUUAGUCAAACAAUGGAUGGAUGGGAAGAUUAUUACAGAACUGCAGAAGCAAACAGACGUCGAGAUCGACUCAGUGAGUUACCCGACUCUUUAAUUCUUACGAUCCUUUCAUUGUUGGAUAUGAGAGAUGCUGUUCGGACAACCCUUAUCUCCCAACGCUGGAGAAACCUCUGGUCCACCAUCCCCUGCCUUGUUUUCUUCGAACAAACUCCAAGUACUAUUUCUAGUAUUCUUGCACAAUGGAAAGGCCCCAAGAUUCUGAAAUUUUGCUUAUCUUUCCGUAGAUUGACUGUGGGCCCUAGUAGUGUUAUUGAUUCAUGGCUGAUUUUUGCUAUCGAAAAACAAGUGGAAGAGCUUUUUCUAGUCUUGACAAACUGGCGAUAUCGUGAUAGUUACUUCUUACCUCAGCCCUUGUAUUCAUGCUCGUCGAUUACAAAAUUAACUCUUGAGGAUUGUAACCUGAGAAUUGAGGAGAAUGUGCAGUGGAAUCAACUCAGGAUAUUAAAUAUUAAAUAUAUGGAUGGGUUGAGUGGUGAUGCCAUGAACCAAAUUCUUUUGGGUGCUCCUCGGUUGGAAGAGCUGGUUUUGGAGGAUUUAAAUAUUGGUGAAGAUGAAAACUUCAAUAUCCGAUCUACUAGUUUGAAGAUGCUCAAGAUACACAUGUGUCAGUGGCCUGAAACUACAGUGCUGAGUAUUUGGGCCCCUAAUCUCUUGACUUUGGAUAUUUGUACUCGUUUUCAUGGUACUUGUUUGUUGGAUGUCCCCUCUUUGACUCAUGCAAUUCUUUGGUUGGUGCACAAGGGAAAUGUAGCAAUAAAAUGUGAAAUGUUUAAUCAUGUUUUUCGGAGCAUCUGCCAUGUUGAGAAGGUCAUGUUAUCACAUUGGUGCAUUCAGUUUCUUGUCGAAUUAAAGAAUAAAGAUAUGGUUAUUCCAUUGUCAAAUUCUAAGAUUCUAGAGCUCUACAAUGUAGAUGUCAAAGAUAUGCUUGAUUUGGUUGGGAUGAUGUUUCCCAAGUUGGAGAGGUUAACCGUUGAUCAAGGCUACAGGAACGAGGAUCGUCAAGUUACCUCUGGUGAAGAGGUUCACAUUGCUAUGGUUGAUGCAUGUAGUUCGUUGGCGUCUGCUAAGAUGAAUUUUCCCAGUCCCUCUCUUCUCCAUCUAAAGACAUUUGAGGCUACUUGGUCUAUGUGCGACCCUUCAAUAAUUCCGGUCAUACAAAUUCUGUUGGAAAAUGCUCCCAUACUUGAAAAGAUGGUUAUUCAACUAACACGGGAUGCAUCUGAUCGAGAGACGUUCUUUUUUGCACAAGAGAAGGUGCUGAGUAUGCCGAGAUCCUCUCCUACUGCACAAGUCAUCAUAAGCUUAGUCUGAUAAGUUAUCCUCUACUUGGAGCUGCAGUAGCAGUUAUUAUUGAUGUUAGUUUUUAUUUUGGCAUUUUGAAUGAGUUCUUUGUCUCAGUUCUUUAUGGGGCUCUUGAACAUUGGAAAGGUUCCGAGACUCUUAAGCUCAUAAUAGAUUUUAUAUUUUGUUGGUGUUUUACUAGUUAUGUUGAUUCAUUGCAAUCAUUA